GGACUGGCCGCUGCGCGGCUCCCAGCGACUCCCCGCCACCGGCCCCGGAGCGCUCCUGGCUUCACCGCCGGCUCCUCGGGAUCGCCUACAAAAGAAGAGGCGACCGUGAACCAGAGUCUGAGCGCGCGACCACCACCCUCUGUAACCUCGUUUUGAUUACCAGUCACGACCUGAAGAAAAAAGAAACCAAAACCUGAUUGCUUUGCCUUGGGAAACAGUAACCCCGACCAGUACUCCUGGCUUGCAAGUGACAGAGGAGAUGUGAUGGAGCUGCUUGAAGAAGACCUCACGUGCCCAAUCUGUUGCAGUCUGUUUGAUGAUCCCCGGGUUUUGCCUUGCUCGCACAACUUUUGCAAAAAGUGCUUAGAAGGGAUCUUAGAGGGGAAUGUGCGGAAUUCCUUGUGGAGAUCCUCCCCAUUUAAGUGCCCCACGUGCCGGAAGGAAACUUCAGCAACUGGAGUCAACAGCCUGCAGGUUAAUUACUCCCUGAAGGGUAUUGUGGAAAAGUAUAACAAGAUUAAGAUCUCUCCCAAAAUGCCAGUGUGCAAAGGACACUUGGGACAGCCUCUCAACAUUUUCUGCCUGACUGACAUGCAGCUGAUCUGUGGUAUCUGUGCGACUCGGGGUGAGCACACCAAGCACGUCUUCUGUUCUAUCGAAGAUGCCUAUGCUCAGGAAAGGGACGCCUUUGAGUCCCUCUUCCAGAGCUUUGAGACCUGGCGUCGGGGAGAUGCCCUUUCUCGCUUGGAUACCUUGGAAACUAGCAAAAGGAAGUCUCUACAGUUGCUGACUAAAGAUUCAGAUAAAGUGAAGGAGUUUUUUGAGAAGUUACAACACACGUUAGAUCAGAAGAAGAAUGAAAUCCUGUCUGACUUUGAGACCAUGAAACUUGCAGUGAUGCAGGCCUAUGACCCAGAGAUCAACAAACUCAACACCAUCUUGCAGGAACAGCGAAUGGCCUUUAACAUUGCUGAGGCUUUCAAAGACGUGUCAGAACCCAUCAUAUUUCUGCAACAGAUGCAGGAGUUCAGGGAGAAAAUAAAAGUCAUCAAGGAAACUCCUUUGCCUCCCUCAAAUUUGCCCUCAAGCCCUUUGAUGAAGAACUUUGAUACCAGUCAGUGGGAAGACAUAAAACUAGUGGAUGUGGAUAAACUGUCUUUGCCUCAAGACACUGGCUCGUUCAUUAGCAAGAUUCCCUGGAGACUUUAUCCGUUAUUUGUGGUGGUCAUUCUGCUUGGCCUUCUCGUUUUCUUCAGUCCCGCCAUAUUCCUAGAAUGGUCCGUAUUUGAUGAAAUUGCAACUUGGAAAGAUAAUCUUUCAAACUUUAGUUCCUACCUGACUAGAUCAGCUGAUUUUGUAGAACAAUCAAUUUUUUACUGGGAACAGUUGACAGAUGGGCUUUUCAUUUUCAGUGAAAGAUUGAAGAGUUUUACUUUGGUGGUGCUGAACAAUGUGGCAGAAUUUGUGUGCAAAUAUAAACUCUUAUAAAAUCUGUUUCAAGUACAUAGUUCUGUGUCUUUUGUUAGAAAUUUGUUAGAAUAGAGUGGUAGUUCAGAUUUGGUUAAGAUUCCAGUCAGAUAUUGCCCUCUAAAAGUAUUCCUUUCAAAAAUAAUGUCUUAUACAUGUUGAAAUUAGGUAGCAUAAAGAGAAAAAAGUGAAAUUUAAUAGUCUAGUCUCCAGCCCGCCUUCCUUUUUAAGGUGCUUUUGAAAUUAGCAUCCUAUCCCCAGUACCGGUUGUGUUUGUGCUAUGAAAGGAGAGGGUAAGAGAAUACAUGAUUUAAUAUUGUACUGAUGAGGCAGUGUAAUAAUAAUUGUUUUUAAGCAUGUAAUAAAGACUACUCUUGUAAAGCAA